AUGGUGAUGUGGUUUAACCCUUCAUGUCUCACCCUAUCUCACAAUCCUCACCACGCUGCAUAUUUCUCUAAACAAGUGAGAGUCAGGUGCAGUUAUGGGAAAAACAUGAAAAGGGGUGGCCUUGGAAGGCCUCAGAUAGUGCCUUCAGUUUUGGGGAACAGUAAUAGUGAAGGGGUGAGUGUGUUUGUGGUGUCUGACUUGCACACUGACUAUUCUGAGAAUUUGAAGUGGGUGGAGUGCUUGUCUAAUGUGAAGCACAGGAAUGAUGUGCUUCUUGUGGCAGGAGAUGUGUCUGAGACAUAUUCCAUGUUUUCUGUGACAAUGUCUCUUUUGAAAGAGAGGUUUGAACAUGUCUUCUAUGUUCCUGGAAACCAUGAUCUUUGGUGCCGCAGUGAGGGACAGAAUUAUGUUGAUUCUCUUGAAAAGCUGAAUAAAUUGCUUGAUGCAUGCAAGAGAAUUGGAGUGGAGACAAAUCCAAUGAUUAUAGAUGAAAUAGGAAUCAUUCCUUUGUUCUCUUGGUACCAUGAGAGCUUUGACAAAGAGAAGGACAUAACAGGAUUUCGGAUCCCGUCUUUGGAGAUGGCAUGUAAAGACUUCUAUGCGUGCAAGUGGCCAGAGGGACUUUCAAGUGGAGAUACGUCCCUUGCUUUAUAUUUUGAUGCCAUGAAUGAUAAACAAAUGGAAGUGAUAAAGGACAUUCAGAUGACCUGUGAUCACAUCAUUACCUUUUCCCACUUUGUUCCCAGGCAGGAACUUUGUCCAGAGAAGAGGAUGUUAUUCUAUCCCAAGCUUCCAAAGAUAAUUGGUUCAGACUCUCUUGAAGAUCGAAUAAGAUCCAUACAUGAGGCUGAGGGUAGGAAGGAUGCAUCUUCUUGUCAUGUGUUUGGUCAUACUCACUUCUGCUGGGAUGCUGUUGUUGAUGGCAUCAGGUAUGUUCAGGCACCCUUAGCUUAUCCGAGGGAAAGGAAGAGAAGAAUGAAUGGAGGUGAAAAUUGGCUACCGUUUUGCCUUUAUGCUGAUAACAAAUUUGCCGAUAGACUCAACCCUUGUUAUUGGUCUGAUUAUUACUCUGCCAACCCCAGGACACCUCAUAAUACUCAACUUGCUCCUUGGGUCGCUAGAUUUUAUAAGCAAACAGAAACCAUAGAUGUAUAG